AUGGCAUACAAUGCAGGAAAUACAUUGCAACAAGAUGCCCAACAGCAGCAACAGCGCCAGCAAUCAGGAGACUCUACAACCGACACAAUCGCCAACAUGUCGCUUAUUGGAUACAACACACGGCCGACGCCAUCAUCUGACAGCACAACGUCCACCAUCCCUUCACCAAGCCAACAAUUGGGACAUCCCGUCCCAAGCCUGCUGUCAGACAUGGACAUGAUGGAUCGCGCAAGCAACGACGCAGCACGGUUUCGGAAUGCUGGUGGUGCCACGCAGCAGUUUAAUCCUCGCUGGGAUAGUAAUACUAGCAAUAUGGAGGGGGAUUCAAUUAGCAUGAGUUCGAGUGAGACGUCAUCGUCAGUCACGCUCGCGAAUGCGAGAGGAGGGUCGCUGAUGUCGCCAUCGUAUAGUGGGAACAGCCCGUCGUAUUUCCAGCCGUAUAGCAGUAGUCGCAGUACGACCUCGUCGACGUCGCCUGGGUUGUAUAGCACGAGUCAAGACGGUGGGAUGCUGACAUUACGCACUCUGCCGUCUCCACUACCGGCUUUGAGCUCUGUUGUUAUGGCUUCGUCAUUUCCGUCUGGGUUUGGUAGUGGUAGUAGUUUCCCGUUUGGUGCUGCUCUACCACAGUCUCAACAACAGCAGCAGCAGAAUAAUGGGGCAAGUGUGCAGCAAGCCAUGUCUGGAUUAUCAGUGCAACAGCAACAACAGCAAUCGUAUGGAUCUGAUUUGUUGAGGAAUAGUUCGCCUUAUCCUACACAGUUGCCGCUACCCUCUUCCCAGUCGUCGUUUACACAGUAUAGUCCGUCGCCACAGCCGCAACCGCAACCGCCGCAGCAGUCCAUAUCUCAACAACAGCAACAGCAGAUGCAGAUGCAGCAACAACAACAGCAACAAAUGAUACAACAGCAACAGCAGAUGCAGCAGCAGCAGCAACAAAUGAUACAACAGCAACAGCAGUUUCAGCAGCAGCAACAACAACAAAUACAGCAACAACAACAAUUUCAACAGCAGCAGCAACCACAACAACCACAACCACAACAGCAAUACCUCCCACCACGUCUCCAAACAUCCGUACCUCCAGACCAACAACAGCAGCAAAACGCAACCGGAUCACCCAUAAUGUCAUCAUCAUCACCGACAACUGCACGAGUGCAUUCCAAUUCCUCGUCACGACGGAGCAGCAGAGGUGCGCCCGCAUCGAAAUUCGAUACAACGAAUUUCUCGUUUGGGACUGAUCAGCAGGGGAAACCACAGCAGUCGUAUGCUACGAUAAUAACGUAUGCGUUGCAGACUGCUACUGGUGGACAAAUGACGUUGAAUGAUAUAUAUGAAUGGGUCAUGCAUUAUUAUCCGUAUUUUAGGACGGCUGGUGCUGGUUGGAAGAAUUCAAUACGGCACAAUCUAAGUCUGAAUCGAGCCUUUGUACGAGUCCCGCGUCCACCAAACGAAGGUGGUAAAGGAGCAUACUGGACUCUAGAUGCCGACUACACAACAUCAGGAAUUGGCUCACCACUUCGCAAACCACGAUCAGUAUCUGACCCACCAUUCGGUGGCCGCACUCGAGCUUCAACAGACCCGCCGCUGCCGUAUCGAGAUCCAAGGGAUCCGACUGCUGGAAACAAUAACAAUGGUGAAGAUGGUGGAGGUGGUGACUCGUAUAGUAGUACGAACAGUGCUCCAAGUACACGACGGGUUUCUGCCCAACCGUUUGCAGAUCACAUGUUUACACAGUCGUCAUCGCAGAGUAUGAUGAUGAGUAGUGGCGGUGGUGAUUCGCCAUUGUCGAGUCAUCGCAUGUCGAUUACCAGUCCUGAUACGGCCGUAGAACCUGACCAACGGAAUAUCACACAGUUGAUGCCUCAGCAGGUGGAUAUGCUACCGUCGUCUGCAAGUUGGGUUGCACCGAUUAUUAGGAAUAUAAGUAGUGGUGGUGUAGUUCCAACACCGACACAACCGUACAUAACACUACCGCAACCACAGUUACAAAUGCAACAGCAGCAGCAGCAGCUCUCUACAAGUAGUAUAUCGUCAAGUAGUAGCAGCUCUGGGUCCAUAUUCCCGUCACUAGCACCACCAGCAUCUAUAUUUACAUCGUCACAGCCGUUUGGAAUGAUGCCCGGGCCGAGUCUACCUGUUGCUAUGUAUACUAUGCAGCCACAGCAGCCGCAGCAGCAGUAUGGAUCACCGGGACUUGAUCAGUCGGUAUUCAGGAAUAGAAGCGCAUCGCAACCUCCUCUAGGAGCUACAUUUGGUCGUGUUGAUAGUCCGACAAAUGUUGGUGGAUCACCGCAAUCAAGCUCACUGGUGUAUAACCUGGUGCAAGGUCCAUCGCCGAGUAGCUCGUCAAAUAACAACGUGAGGAGAGCUUCAACUCCUGAAUGGGGCCAACCGCCGUCACAGCAACAACAACAGCCAGGAUAUUCAAUACGACCUGCACCUCCCUCAUCACCACAGUACCGUGCCAGUGGGCUCAGCAAUGUGCUGGCUACUGCUGCGACGACUAACGAGUAUGACGGCCAGCAGCAGCAACAAGGGUUUCCGUAUGACGAUAAUAGGCCAAGUACCACUAGUAGUAGUAAUGAUGAUGAUGGUGGGAUGAAUGUGAAUAGUAGUAGUAACAGUGGUGGAGGCACACUGGGACUUUGGAAUGUGAGAACGACACAGCAAACACAAAGCUAUACAUCGCUCGUUGUGAAUAGUGUUGGUGGGAGUGGAGAGUCACAGUUAGGCCCGUCUUCAUCACCUUCUGCAGGGCAGAAUCAAUAA